GCGCGGGUCACGGUCAAAUAUGAUGCUCAGAGGUAAGCCGUGGUCACGCACGACUCCGUCAAAUACGAUGUCGGCGACCUCAUGUGCACUGAUGGCGUAGCGGCACGGAACAAAGCGUGCACGCUUCGUGAAGCGGUCGACGACGACCAGGAUAGCAUCAUGACCGCGGGGGAUCGGAGGUCGAAGAGGACCGAUAAAGUUCAUCGAGAUGGACUGCCAACGACCCGCAGGGAUUGGAAGAGGCUGGAGCAAACUAUAAGAGAGUUUGCGCGCGACAUGGUGACCCAUGUCGGGGCCGAAGUUAAGAGGUUAAAGGAAGGCGCAAAGAAGUUCUGUGCAGGCGACAUUGAAGGCGCCAAAGUAGUGGUCACAGUAGAGGCUGAAGCGUGUCCCUGCAAAGAGCUAGUCAAGCUAAAGUUCCCAGAUGCGUAUGGCGGGAAAACUGAAGAAAAUUUUGAUAACUUGGAGGCUAGCGUCAAUAGAUAUGUUUAUUUACAACACUUUGCACCUGCGGAGCAGGUUCGGGUAGCCUUCCACGCUUUAAAGGAUGACGCGGCUAGCUUCGCGAGGUCCCUAGCGCGUGCAGCCAGUUGUGAGAACAACGUGGUUGCCUAUUCUAAAGUCACCUCCCUUCCCUAUUUCUUCAAGCUCCUCCGAGAGCAAUUCGCUGUUCUGAGGCGUGGUGUUAAGGCCUCAAACAAACUCCAAACCAUCCACUCACAACAGUGGAGGAGUGCGCGAGCACUCAAAGCCGUUAUGGACGACUUGGUAGCCGUCCCAAACCACGGGUUCACUGAGGCCCAGUUGGUCCAAUUGCUUCAUCGUGUCAUGCCGGAGCCCUUACGAGGGCAUUUCUUUGAAAAGAGUCAACAGCCAACCAUGACGUACGAUGCCUUGAGUAGAAAGGUGGUGUUGUAUGAGGCAAAGUCCAUGUUAGUGUCCACUUUCUGGCACAAGGACUUAGACAAAUGUAAAAAGUGGAAGGGUCGUACCAUGUCAGGCCAGGUUAGGGCCAAGGAUCAUCUGAUCCUUACUUUGGACGAAGGUGGUAAUGAUGAAGUCCCCUACAGGCAGAUAGAGUGGGGGCUAGAGGAGGAGGACAGCAGUAUAGGCCAGAGGAGGACCUAUGCUGCGGUCACGGCUGGAGGGAGGCCGCAAGGUAGAGGAGGAGGCCAGAGCCAAAGGGGCCAGGCCACUGGUGGUCUAGGAUCGGGCGCGCAGGGGGUUGGCGGCCAAAGGAACCGCCAAGAGGGAGGUAAGGGUCAAGGUCCCCCGUCAAAUUGUCAAGGUCCUAGUCGGUCCCCGCAGCGACGAGGUGGAGGAUCACCUUAGAGGAGAGCAGGCCUACCCCAGUGAGUGUUUUCCCUGCUGCAACCCUCGAAAUCACGGCCACAGGCACCAUGGCCAUAUGACAACUACUCGUUUGCACAGGGCUUGCAGAUGCACGAAUCAAUAUUCACCCACCCA